AUCUGUGUUUAUUGGUAUUCAUAAUUUCAUACAUGCUACUAAAUAACUAACAAUAAUCCGGCAAUGUUUUCUGGUGCUAGCCAGCAAAAAUUGAUGAUUUUUAAAUAUCAUCAUAAAAUUAAUGUGGAAAUUUGUGGGAACCGAUAAUUUUUAUUAAUCUAGGAUUUUUAAAAAAUUAAGCUUAUAACCUGCGAGGAUUAAUUUAUUAUGGACGCAUCAAAAACCAGCUCUCCUGGAAUGAUGGCUUCGGCCCCAUUGAUACCUCCGCCUAUGAUAGGGGGCAUACCACCACCUAUGCCGCCAGCCGUGGCUAUGCCCCCUGUUCCAGGAAUGGCACCAAACAUGGGUGCUAUUCCACCACCAAUGGCUUUUCCCCCAAUGAUGGCGUCUUUUACUAUGCCUCCGCCUGGGUUUCCACCAUUUAAACCUGACUUGAAUGCACCAGCACCUGAAAUAUCACCAAUGGCCAACCAAACUAGUCCAUGGUCAGAGCACAAAGCUCCUGAUGGACGCACAUAUUAUUAUAAUUCAAUCACUAAACAGAGCCUCUGGGAAAAGCCAGAUGAUUUGAAAACUCCUGCAGAGAAAUUAUUAUCAUCUUGCGUUUGGAAGGAAUAUACUACAGAUGCUGGUCGUGUUUAUUAUCACAAUAUAGAGACAAAAGAGUCAAGUUGGGUCAUUCCGAAAGAAUUGCAAGAAAUUAAAGAAAAAAUUGAGGCAGAGGAAGCUGCACAGGCAGGACUACAUGCUGAUAUGACAGCUGGAGAAGUGCCUUUGCCAUCUUCUCCUGCACUAUUAUCUCAAACAGGAAGUUCGGCUAUGGAUGAAGCGAUGGCCAAAACUCUGGCCUCCAUUGACCCCUCAUUGACAAAUGCUAUCCCGAUACCAGAUGAAAUGUACUACACAGUCAAACCCGAAGAAAUAGCAGCUCCCCCUGCUCAAGUUAAUGGAGAACCAACAGAGCAACCGCUCGAGUUACAGUACAAGGAUAAAAAAGAGGCCAUUGAGGCUUUCAAGGAAUUACUACGGGAGAGGAAUGUGGCAUCAAAUGCUACUUGGGAGCAAUGUGUGAAGAUAAUCUCUAAAGACCCGCGCUACCAAUCAUUUAAGAAAUUAAAUGAAAAGAAACAAGCAUUUAAUGCAUAUAAAACCCAAAAACUAAAAGAUGAAAGAGAGGAACAGAGGUUGAAAACAAAGAAAAACAGAGAAAACUUAGAAGAGUUUUUACUAACCUGUGAUCGUGUUACUUCUCUCACCAAGUAUUACAAGUGUGAAGAUAUGUUUGGAAAUCUCGAGAUUUGGCGCUGUGUACCUGAAUCGGACCGUCGUGAUAUCUACGAAGAUUGUAUUUUCACAAUCACCAAACGUGAAAAGGAAGAAGCUAAAGUUCUAAAGAAACGGAAUAUGAAAAUGUUAGCCCAGGUACUGGAAAAUAUGAAUGAAAUAACAUACAGCAGUACGUGGAGCGAGGCACAAGUGUUGCUUCUAGAAAAUUCUGCAUUUAAGAACGACGUGAGCUUACUUGGAAUGGAUAAAGAAGAUGCUCUUAUAGUUUUUGAACAACAUAUACGAAAUCUGGAGGCAGAGUUUGUGCAAGAAAAGGAGCAGAUUAAGAAGAGGAAUAAACGUCAACAGAGAAAGAACAGAGAUAAUUUUUUGGCUCUACUCGAUGGUCUCCACGAAGAGGGAAAGUUGACGUCGAUGUCUUUGUGGGUGGAAUUAUAUCCAGUUAUUUCUGCUGAUAUGAGAUUUUCGGCCAUGCUUGGUCAAAGCGGUUCAACACCAUUAGACUUAUUUAAAUUUUACGUAGAAAAUCUAAAAGCGCGAUUCCACGACGAGAAGAAGGUUAUCAAGGAAAUUCUUAAAGAAAAGCAGUUUGAGGUUAAGGCCGAUACGACGUUUGAGGAAUUCGCGACUAUUGUCUGUGAAGAUAGCAAAUCGGCGUCGUUGGAUGCUGGAAAUGUUAAACUAACCUAUAACUCAUUGUUGGAAAAGGCGGAAACAAAAAACAAAGAAAAGAUAAAAGAAGAGUCAAAAGCGCAGAAGAAGAUAGAGAGUUCAUUUAAAUGGGCGUUGAGUGAAGCCGAAGUUGAUCACACUCAGUCGUGGAGUGAAGUUCGUGAGAAGCUCGAUUUGAACGCAGCCGAGUUCACGGCAGUGCCAGACGAAGAAGAUCGCCAACGAAUAUAUAAGGAUUACCAACAUGAACAAGAAGACAGCUGUAUGCACUAUCAUCAUCCCAAACCCAAGAAAGCGAAGAGGUCAAAGAAAAAGAAACGUUCGCGUUCUCAUUCCUUGUCAGUAUCACGAUCGGUGUCCCCCGUGGAGUCCCGAGAGCGGGAGCGCGAGAGUUCGCUAGAGAAGGGCGAAGUUGCCCGCUCCCCCACCCCGCCUCCCUCUCCGCCAGACGACGAAGACAAGAAGCACAAGAAGUCCAAGAAGAAACAUAAGAAACAUUCGCCACCUCCGAAGUCCCCGACACCGGAAGAAGGUGGGAUUUCAGAGGAAGAGGUCCGUCCCAAGAAAAAAAGUAAGCGCUCAGCACCCUCCAGUCCCGAAGAGGACGUCUCGCAUAAACCAAAAAAGAAGAAAGAUAAAAAAGACAAAAAAGAAAGAUUGCGCUAAGAGCGUGUUAGUUGUAGAGGGCAAUGGGGGGCUACGGAGAUAAUAAUGUGUGUGUGAAUGCGAAGGUCGGGCGGCGCGGUGUGGAGCGACGCGGAGUUAGAGUCGCGGCGCGCGGCGCUGCUCGCCCAGCUCCACGAGCAGGAGGCUGACUGACCUCGCGUCCCACACAUUCACAUCUUCAACGAUUAUCCGCGCCGAGCUCGGCCUCACACGGUCACAAACCUCACCCAACUUCCGACACACCCACCCGUAGUCGCUUCGACAGUGACGCCACAAACUCAACCCGACCCCACACGCUCGCCUGACGCGCUCGGUAUUAAACAAAGCGAAGCUUUUAUUGAAAACACGCCAAAAACUCAUACAGAAUCCGAUAAUUCAGAUUCGUAAUUGUAGUGCUACAGUAAGGUAAGAAAUAUUCUAGCGUUAAGUGAAUGUUUGACGUUUAAGAUGUUUCGAGGCAUGUUUUAUUAAUUACACAUUGAUGUUGUAGUGUGCGAGAUAGAUUGAUGUUAUAAUUAUUAUUACCUGAUAUUAAACAUUUUUACUUUUACAUUAAAGUAGUAUAGUUACACUUUUGACAUUUACCGUCGUAGUGUUGCCAAAAUACUUUAAAGCAGUUUGCAUACAGUUGGUGAAAAUGAAUGUUCAUUCCCUAUGUUAAAUAUACAUAUAUAAUAAGCUUUGUUUUUAAUAAAAAAACAUUAUGUAUAGAA